CAUCGUUCAUCUCGUUUACACUUGAACAAAACCGGGACAAGAAAAUGUGAUCGAGCACAAACAUCCAAUAUUUCCAUGUUUUAUCGGCUUAAAAUACAAAUCUUAGCCAUCUCGAAAGCUAUGCCAUGGCCCAUGGUAGAGAUAAGUUUGGUUUAGAUCCUAGAAUUGCCUGUGUAUCACCGCUUUGGAAGCAUUCUUCUGGAAGCAGUGUUGUGACUUUGAAAAUGCGUCCUCCAGCAUCGACACCUUUUACAUCAUUAGAUACUUUCAUGGCCGCUCAUAGUCCUAGACGAUUUUGCCAAGCUAGACAGAGAUAUUUAUUAAAACCACUUGGUUUCGACAAGAAGAUUACAGCAGAAACCGGAUUUGAACCAGUUAAUAAAACCGACGAACGUCCGAAAUCAAGAGUYCAAUCCAAGGUUAAGAGCAGUCUUCACCUUACCAAUAACAACUACCCUAAAAGAGAUAUCUUAUGUAGUCCAACUGCAUCCUCCAGUGCACAAGACAGCAGCAGCAACGAACAAGAGCAAAUAUAUAACAGAAUUCUACAUCUUGGUAAAUGUAAGCUCAGCACAGAGGAAGAUCUCAUUGAUGUCUGUGAAAAUCAAGAUAAAUUUAAGACUGGUUCAUUCCGGCCAUCUACAAGGCUGCCUUUCACCUUCAGUCGGAGUGCUUCAAUACCAAAUUCUCCAAGAGAUWCCACAGAUCUCAUCGCUAUUGGAACAAUAUCAAUGACCUCACAACGCCAAGCACCACCAAAACCUCAAUCAAGGUGGAAAACUAAAACCACUCUCAAUCUAAAAGGUUCCAAAUACCCAGACCCCUUGACUGGGGCCCCACCAAGCUUCCAAUCCAGAAUGACUGAGAUGGCACARUUGGAACUAGAAACUAUCAAAUAUGAAAAAGGAAGAAAGGUCAAGAAAAAAUCUCCCACUUGAGGAAAGGAAUUAUAGAGUUUUCCACGAUUGUAGUUUAUGAAUAUAGCCUUGUUUUCAUAUCACCAUGUGUUUGAAUAGAAUAUCUGUGGUUUAAGAACACGGAAGAUUAAUGUAUAAUAAUAAUAUGAAACCUUUCAAUAGGACARAAUUUAAUAUUUAACGAGACGUUUUGAAAUAAUUCUCUCAAAGAGCCUAAUGUAAUCUUGGGUUUAAUCSUUUCUUACAAGUAUUUACAGAGUGAAAUUGUCUUUUAUUACAAAAGAACAUGAAAACGUUUUCACUUAA